UUUAGAGAGAUCAUGAACAAGUUGUACAUUGGCAAUCUGAGUUCCAGUGUCACCGCCGCCGACCUCCAGCAACUCUGCGAGCAGAGGGAGCUCUGCAUCGGGCAAGUCCUCCUCAAAUCCGGCUAUGGCUUCGUGGAUUGCCCCGACGAGAACGCGGCGAUCAGAGUCAUCGAGACCUUGUCCGGCAAAGUGGAACUUCAUGGCAAGGUGAUCGAAGUUGACUACUCUGUCCCUAAAAAGCAGAGGAGUCGGAAAAUUCAAAUCCGCAACAUCCCGCCUCAUCUGCAGUGGGAGGUAUUGGAUGGGCUCCUGGCUGAACAUGGCACAGUGGAGAAUGUGGAACAAGUUAAUACGGACAGUGAGACGGCGGUCGUCAACGUGACGUAUGAAACAAAGGAACACGCGAAGAUUGCAGUUGAGAAGCUGAAUGGACACCAGUUUGAAAGGUACGCGCUGAAGGUCUCCUACAUCCCUGACGAGGAGGCCAUGCAGCCCCCAGCCCCGAGGGCGCGGCGGGGGCCCGGGGGCCGCUCCAGCCGGGAUCACGGCCACUCGCCUGGACCCCCGCCCCCGCCCAAGCAGCUGGACGUGCCCCUCCGCAUCCUGGUGCCCACCCAAUUUGUGGGCGCCAUCAUCGGCAAAGAAGGACUGACCAUCAAGAACAUCACCCAGCAGACCCAGUCCAAAAUCGAUAUCCAUCGAAGGGAGAAUGCAGGAGCCGCAGAGAAAGCCAUCACCAUUCACUCCACAGCAGAGGGCUGUACAGCCGCCUGUCAAAUGAUCCUCAAAAUCAUGCACAAGGAGGCACAGGAAACCAAAUUCGCUGAGGAGAUCCCGUUGAAAAUCCUCGCUCACAACGGUUUCGUGGGGCGGCUGAUCGGCAAAGAGGGACGUAACCUGAAGAAAAUGGAACAGGAAACAGAGACCAAAAUAACCAUCUCUCCGUUACAGGACUUGACGCUGUAUAAUCCAGAGAGGACCAUCACUGUAAGGGGCAGCAUUGAAGCCUGCUCAAAAGCUGAAGUAGAAAUUAUGAAGAAACUCAGAGAGGCUUAUGAAAAUGACCUUGCUGCUAUGAAUCAACAAGCAAACUUGAUCCCGGGGUUGAAUUUAAAUACCCUGGGGAUUUUCUCGUCCGGACUGCCAGUACUUCCAUCGACAAGUCGGCCCCGUGGAGCUGCCUCUUCCUACAGUCCGUUUGUGAGUCAACUGUGCUACCCUGGUGCCCUGUACAAUACACCUGCAGUCGGUACAAUGGCCCAGCUGUAUUCUUCAUCUCCUUCCCAGCAGACGUCGGAGCAGGAGGUCGUGCACUUGUUCAUCCCAACCCAAGCCGUGGGCGCCAUCAUUGGGAAGAAAGGUCAGCAGAUCAAGCAGCUGUCCAAGUUUGCCGGGGCGUCGAUUAAGAUAGCUCCUCCCGAGGGACCCGAAGCGAAUGAGAGGAUGGUGAUUAUCAUCGGUUCGCCAGAGGCUCAGUUUAAGGCUCAAGGCCGGAUCUACGGCAAGCUGAAGGAGGAGAACUUCUUUAGCCCGAAGGAAGAGGUCAAACUGGAGGCAAACAUCAAGGUCCCAUCCUCCGCAGCCGGAAGGGUCAUUGGCAAAGGAGGCAAGACGGUGAAUGAGCUGCAGAACAUCACAUGUGCCGAGGUGAUUGUACCCCGGGAUCAAACACCGGACGACAACGACGAGGUCAUCGUGAAAAUAAUUGGGCAUUUCUUUGCCAGUCAGACGGCUCAGCGAAAAAUUCGAGAGAUUGUGCAAAAGGCAAAGCAUCAGGAACAGAAACAACAGGCAGGAGGCAUUGCUUCACAGCGCAGCAAGUGAAGCAGGAUGGAGCUGGGGACGAGAGGAGCAAUUGUAGCCCUUCUGACACGUGAACGUGAGAGACGGACAGGACGGGAACGAACCAAAGAAACAACAAGACAAAUGAAACAAACAAAACAAAAAAAAAACAAACAAACAGACGCGGAGAGGAUGUUUCCCAACCAGUGGUCGUGGCUGUGCAGAUACGGCAAGAGGUUUUUGAAGAUGGAGGGAGCAGUGACUGGCAGCAGUCCUCCCAGAGUUUCUGGACAAUCUCUCGCUUUGCCCUGGUUUGUCUUGUUGAGUAACCUGGCUGAAUCGUAGACCAUUCAGGAAAUUGAGCAGGCACUUGGGCCGUGGUAGUGUGAAUAGGGUUUUUUUUAUAUAAUAAAAUUGAAACUAGUUCUGGUUUAA